AGGGCGCAUCCAAAGGCUGACCGAGGACGACGACGCAUGUCGGCGACAUGGGCAUGGAUGGGGCAUUUAAUCGUCCUCAGUGGUCGAAACUCGACUCCAAGAAGCGGAAUUGUUCGAAUCCCGCAAGUCCGUUUCGGUCGAGGAAAUGGUGGCGGAUAAGGAGGCUUCUUAGGGCUCUCCCUCCCUCCCUCUCUCGCGGCCGAUCCCAGAUCCUCUUCUUUUGUUGCCCUUUGAACCGGACAUCUCUCGGGGAAACACCAUGGCCAUAAAGUCGAAUUCAGGCGAGGGAAGGACUAGAAGCUCAUUAUCCAUAAUUAUUGUGGUUGGUCUCUGCUGCUUCUUCUAUAUUUUAGGUGCAUGGCAGAAGAGUGGCUUUGGCAAGGGUGACAGUAUUGCACUACAGGUUACUAAGCAGACAGAGUGCACAAACUCACCCAAUCUAAAUUUUGAGACCCAUCAUGGUGGAUCAGGCAGCCUGAAGGAUAUUGGCGAUUCAGAAGCCAAAACAUUCAAGCCAUGUGGUGACACAUAUACCGAUUACACUCCUUGCCAGGACCAAGGGCGGGCAAUGACCUUUCCUCGAGAGAACAUGAUUUACAGAGAGAGGCAUUGCCCACCCGAUGAGGAGAAAUUGUAUUGUCUUAUACCAGCACCUAAGGGGUAUGUGGCACCUUUUCCCUGGCCUAAGAGCCGUGAUUAUGUUCCCUAUGCCAAUGUCCCUUACAAGAGCUUGACAGUUGAGAAGGCUGUUCAGAACUGGGUUCAAUAUGAGGGCAAUGUAUUCAGAUUUCCUGGUGGAGGGACGCAGUUCCCUCAGGGCGCAGAUAAAUAUAUUGACCAACUUGCCUCUGUUAUUCCAAUUGAUAAUGGGACUGUCCGAACUGCACUAGACACUGGUUGUGGGGUGGCAAGUUGGGGUGCAUAUUUGUUGAAAAAGAAUGUAUUAGCCAUGUCAUUUGCACCAAGAGACUCUCAUGAGGCACAGGUGCAGUUUGCACUAGAACGUGGAGUUCCUGCUGUUAUUGGCGUUCUUGGAUCAAUAAAGCUUCCAUACUCAUCUAGAUCCUUUGAUAUGGCUCAUUGUUCAAGAUGCUUGAUUCCAUGGGGUGCAAAUGAUGGAAUUUACAUGAUGGAGGUGGAUCGAGUGCUCAGGCCAGGCGGUUAUUGGGUACUUUCAGGCCCUCCAAUCAACUGGAAGAAUAACUAUCAGGCAUGGCAGCGUACCAAGGAGGAUUUGAAGGAGGAACAAAGGAAGAUUGAGGAAAUUGCUGAACUUCUUUGCUGGGAAAAGGUUUCUGAGAAGGCUGAAAUUGCCAUUUGGAGGAAGAGAAUAAAUGCCGAAUUGUGCCCAAGAAGGCAAGAUGAAACCCGCAUAAAUAUAUGUGAAUCAGCAAAUCCAGAUGAUGUCUGGUACAAGAAGAUGGAACCUUGCAUAAAUCAAUAUCCUGAGGUUAAUAGUCCGGAAGAGUCUGCUGGAGGUGAAUUGAAGCCUUUCCCUGAGAGGUUAAAUGCUAUUCCACCUAGAAUAACCAGUGGUUCUGUACCAGACAUCUCAGUCAAUUCUUAUCAAGAAGACAUCAAACAGUGGCAAAAGCAUGUUAAAGCUUAUAAGAAAAUCAACAAGUUACUUGACACUGGAAGGUACCGCAACAUAAUGGAUAUGAAUGCAGGAUUGGGUAGCUUUGCAGCAGCAAUUGAGUCUCCAAAAUUAUGGGUGAUGAAUGUUGUUCCUACAAUUGCUGAUAUAUCCACAUUAGGUGUUAUAUAUGAACGUGGGUUAAUCGGCAUAUACCAUGACUGGUGUGAAGCUUUUUCGACUUACCCAAGGACGUAUGAUCUCAUACAUGCCAAUGGUGUUUUCAGCUUGUACCAGAACAAAUGCAAAAUGGAAGACAUUCUUCUAGAGAUGGACCGAAUUUUGCGUCCAGAGGGUGCAGUCAUUUUCCGUGAUGACGUUGAUGUCCUGUUGAGGGUAAAGAAGACCGUUAGUGGCAUGAGAUGGGACACUAAGCUGGUGGAUCACGAAGAUGGCCCCCUCAUUCCCGAGAAGAUAUUGGUUGCUGUAAAACAGUACUGGGUUGGCGGAAGCACAAGCAAGAAAGAAAAAGAAUGACAUUGUGGAAGUCAGCAGCAUUUCCGCAUACCUCUGUUCCUCGAAAUAGCUUAUACUGGGGCAAUCUACCAUGAAGUCAGCUCCCUGCUUUCGACAACCGACUUAAAGAUCAAGGAAUAACUCCUUGACUGGAGUUGAAACCAUGUUUUUUUGCUUAUAGGCCUAUAGUGGAAAUUCCU